AAAAUCAUAAGCUGGUUCAGGUGAUUUAUUAUUAUUAUUAUUAUUUUUCUCUUUCUUGAGCUCAGUUUAGCUUUCUCAGAUGCUUUUAGAGAGAUCUACAGAAUGCAAUCUCUUCAGUUCUUCUUCUUGUUAACUCAAAAAGGGUACAACUGAAUUUAGUUUAGAUCCACAGAGAGAGAUGGCAUUAAGGUCAGCAUUUGAUUCGAAAUCAGGGCAAAUGAUAAUGGUGGCUUUGUUAUUAAUGAUUGGUUCUUUCUACUUAGGCACUCUUUUUGGGAACAAUGCUCCCAUUUAUCUCUCUAAUUCUUCUUCUUCUUCUAAUUCAUCAUCCGCUCCUUCAUCACCAGGUGUUUCCACAAUUACCAACAGAAUAGCUCUUGCUUACCGCAGAACACCGUUGUUAAUUCCAGAAAAUGGGAUGAAUAUAUGCCCCCUGAAGUUCAAUGAGUAUAUCCCUUGCCAUGAUAUUUCGUAUGUCAAUGAAUUACUCCCAACCUUAGAUCUUUCUAGACGAGAGGAGCUAGAGCGACACUGUCCUCCGCCUGAAAAGCAUUUAUUUUGCUUGGUACCACCACCAGAAGAUUAUAAAUUGCCAAUAAAAUGGCCAAUUAGCAGAGAUUAUGUGUGGCGAAGCAAUGUGAAUCAUACACGUCUCGCUGAAGUCAAAGGAGGACAGAAUUGGGUGCAUGAAAAGGAUCAGUUAUGGUGGUUUCCAGGCGGUGGUACUCAUUUCAAGCAUGGAGCACCUGAGUACAUUCAGAGGUUAGGUAAUAUGACUACCGAUGAAAUGGGUGAUCUACGUUCAGCUGGUGUUGUUCAAGUUUUGGAUGUUGGAUGCGGGGUAGCUAGCUUCUCAGCCUAUCUUCUUCCAUUGGAUAUACAAACAAUGUCUUUUGCUCCCAAAGAUGGUCAUGAAAAUCAGAUUCAGUUUGCUUUAGAACGAGGAAUUGGUGCCAUGAUCUCUGCCAUUGCCACAAAGCAACUACCAUAUCCCUCUAGCUCUUUUGAGAUGGUUCAUUGUUCAAGAUGUCGUGUUGAUUGGCAUGAGAAUGAUGGUAUUUUACUGAAAGAAGUUGAUCGCCUUCUGCGAAAUAAUGGAUAUUUUAUCUAUUCAGCUCCUCCUGCUUACCGAAAGGAUAAAGAUUAUCCAUUAAUUUGGGAUAAGUUGGUAAAUCUGACCUCGGCAAUGUGUUGGAAACUCAUUGCUCGAAAAGUUCAGACCGCAAUAUGGGUUAAACAAGAUAAUGAGCAAUGCUUAAUGCAGAAUGCAGAAAUGAAGCUCAUAAAUAUAUGUGAUACUGCAGAUGAUAUGAAACCAUCAUGGAAUACACCACUGAGGAACUGCAUACCAAGAAGAUCUGUACAAGCAGAUGCUCAGAAACUCCCUCCCAGGCCAGAGCGUCUCUCUGUAUAUUCACAGAGUCUUGCCAGAAUAGGUAUUAGUAAAGAAGAUUUUGCUUCAGAUGCCGUAUUCUGGCAAAAUCAAGUAAACAAUUACUGGAAGCUGAUGGAUGUCAGUGACACAGAUAUACGAAAUAUCAUGGACAUGAAUGCUUUUGUUGGGGGAUUUUCUGUGGCUUUAAACACAUUGCCUGUUUGGGUGAUGAAUAUAAUUCCUGUGAGCAUGAAUAAUACCGUGUCUGCUAUUUAUGACCGGGGUCUGUUAGGUGUUUUUCAUGAUUGGUGUGAACCAUUCUCAACGUAUCCACGCACAUAUGAUUUAUUGCAUGCUAAUCAUCUCUUCAGUCACUAUAGAAACCAUGGAGAAGGUUGCUUACUAGAAGAUAUCAUGCUGGAGAUGGACCGUAUUACACGACCUCAGGGAUUCAUUAUCAUUAGGGAUGAGGAAUCUAUUACAUCAAGAAUUCGUGAUUUAGCUCCAAAAUUUUUAUGGGAGGUUAAAUCACAUUCUCUGGAAAACAAAGAUAAGAAGCUUGAAACAGUGCUAAUCUGCAGAAAGAUAUUUUGGGCAAUUGUUUAAGGUGUGCUCCCAUAUACAUGUAUUUUCCACUGACAAGUUUCUCUCAACUUAGAAUAGGCUACCUGUACUAUGAGUCUGCUUAGCUAUUUUCUUUUUAUGCGCUCUCUCCUUUCUCUUUUUGCCUGUAUCAACAUAUUCUUAUGGAUCUCGCACAAAGAAGUGAGGUCAUAGCCGAUAAUUUAUUUAUUAUUUGUAAUUAUUUCAUUUGUGUGUUAGUUUUUCGCAACGAGAAAACAAUACGACCAUAGAGAUAUGAGCUGAAAAUUGUUCCA